AUGUGCACAUAUACAAAUUUACUGAUAGGUUGCGCACAUUUCCUGAGUCAUGGUUUUACAGUAAUGACAUCAACAAGCGUGAAUCCAGAAGAGUGGCGAAGUAUUGUUCAUCGAGUAAUCGCCUCUUGGGGCGGUUAUCAGCUAGGGGUAGACUUUCAUUCAGGUGGCCCAGAGACGGAGGCUAAGGAUGAGUGGUUCAAAGAUGUGCUUGCCGAGUUCAUUUUCACAACGAAAGGAUUGAAAACUGAAGAUUUAGAAGAUUGGCUAAACAAUAUUCUUUAUACGGAGUUUAAUUUGAUUCUGGAGGAUGAUAGCGUUUAUCCCACCUCUCUUCUUCUCCAUGAAGCUUUUGGCUAUUUGAAGAACAACGACCGUACAAGACUAGAGCAAUUAUUGAGUAGCCUUCCGUCCGUGGAGACAGUUCGUGAGGCAAAUAAACAGAGUCAGCGUGAAGUUGGCGAUGAUGACGAAGAAAUGGAGCUUGGCGACAUCUCUGAAAGCGAAGGGAGCGAUGACGGUAAAAUUUGCAGUUAUUCUGAAAUGGAUAUCUCUAAACUUGCCCUUUGA